AUGCAGGUGCAGGUGCAGGAGAGCGACGGCGUGCGCGCGCCCGACUGCGACCUGCGCGUGUACUACGACAUUGCGCGCACCGUGGCGCAGAUCCGCCGCGGCGGCUACAAGAAAAUCGCGCUGCAGUUCCCAGACUCGCUGCUGCCCGACGCGUCACAGGUGCAGCAGGAGCUCAAGGACGAACUGGUGGGCCAAUGGGAGCGCGUGUUCGUGCUCGGCGACACGUCGUACGGCAGCUGCUGCGUGGACGAGGUGGCGGCGCAGCACCUCGUGGCCGACUGCAUCGUGCACUACGGACGCACGUGUCUGAGUGCGACGACCAAGAUCCCGGUGAUUUACGCGUUCGGCAACGCGCCGACUGAAGUGGACGACUGUGUGCAGCAGCUGAGUGAGCGGAUCGCCGCGGUGGACCCGAUUAAGUCGGUGGUUUUGCUGUAUGAGCCGCGCUACCACCACGCUAGCAGUGCCGUGUUUGAAGCGCUGAAGGAGAAGUUUGGAGAGAGGAAGUUGGUACUGGGAACGAUGAAGACGUUCUUCGAUCCGACGGAGCCGGUGCAGGAGGUGGAGGCGUCUACUGGUGAUGAAAAGCCUUCCACGUCGGUGCUGCGUAUUGGUGGUCAGGAGAUCUGGGUGGAUUCGGACAAUGCUGAGGUCACCCCGGAGACGUUUGCGCUGCUGUACAUUGGCGCAGAGUCGGCGCACCUUACCAGCAUCCUGAUGCGAUACAGCGCUGUGGAUUGCUUCUCGUACAACCCCGAGAUGAUGUCCACCCGCAAGGAAGGCGCGACGGUCAAUCGUUCUUUGAUGAGACGCUUCUUCCUCGUCCAGCAAGCCAAGGAGGCACAGAUCUACGGCAUCCUGAUGGGCACGCUGGGUGUCAAUAAGUACCUCGAUGUUGUGCAUGGACUCCAGAAGCUGAUCAAGAAGAGUGGACGCAAGUCGUACCUCUUUGUGGUGGGCAAGGUCAACGUGCCUAAACUCGCCAACUACGCUGAGAUCGACGCCUUUGUGCUUGUGGCGUGUCAGCAAAACACUCUCAUGGACAGCAAGGAAUACUACAAGCCUAUCGUAACUCCGUACGAGCUCCAGCUUGCGCUCUCGCCCGACGAGGAAUGGGACGGUCAGUACAAGACGGACUUCGGCGAGGUGAUCCCGGCACUCGAAAAGACCGCGCAAAGCGUGGAGCAAGCAGCUGGUGACAGCGAAGGUGAUGAUGCGGACAAACCCUUCUUCUCCUUGGUGUCUGGAACAUACAAGACCUCGUCUCGAACAACGGCCGUUGACCGUGAGGCGACGACUUACGCACUCACGGCAUCGGGAGAGGCCGCCGCAUCUACUGCGUUACAGGUCAAAAAUGAGCGCACGGAGCUCACGACAUACCACAGUGAAGCUGCCGAUUACCUGGCAACGAGAGAGUACCAGGGACUGGAUCCGCGAAUUGGCAAGACGCCUGCACACGCCGCAGUCGAGGGUAGCACUGGCAUCGCGCGAGGUUACACGCAUGAGACUGAAUAG